AUGUUGGUGCAGAGAAGAGUAAUGAGCUGGAGAAGAGUUUGGAAGUCGUUUCAAGCGUUUUCCGCGCAUGUUUUGCUCUUCUCCUUCACGCUUCUUCUCGCUCUCAGGCUUGAUCAUGUCGUCUCUCAUUCAUGGUGGGUUAUAUUUACACCGUUGUGGUUAUUUCAUGCUGUGAUUGCGCGUGGUAGAUUUUCACUGCCUGCUCCGUCAAUGCCUCAUGAUCGACAUUGGGCUCCUUUUCAUUCAGUCAUGGCAACGCCACUACUUGUUGCUUUUGAGAUCCUGCUCUGUGUACAUCUUGAAGAUAAAUAUGUUGUUGACUUAAAGAUUGUCUUCCUUCCGUUGAUUGCAUUUGAGGUAGCAAUUUUGGUAGAUAAUGUCAGAAUGUGCAGGACACUCAUGCCUGGAGAUGAGGAAACUAUGAGUGAUGAAGCCAUAUGGGAAACACUUCCUCACUUUUGGGUUUCCAUCUCUAUGGUUUUCUUUAUCGCCGCCACAACCUUCACUCUUCUUAAAUUAUGUGGUGAUGUAGCUGCGUUAGGAUGGUGGGACUUGUUUAUAAACUUCGGAAUAGCAGAGUGCUUUGCCUUUCUUGUCUGUACAAAAUGGAGCAACCAGUCAAUUCAUAGGUAUUCACAUGUACCGGAACCAAGCUCAUCUUCAGUGGAAGUAAGAUAUCUAGACUGGAACAGAGGACUAGUUGUAACCGGUGACGAAGAACAUCAGCAAAGCAACAGAAUAUGCGGUCUUCAAGAUAUCGGUGGACAUGUUAUGAAAAUCCCAUUCAUUACUUUCCAAAUCAUCCUCUUCAUGCGCUUAGAGGGGACGCCAGCUUCUGCAAGAAACAUUCCGAUUUUGGUUCUGUUUGUGCCUCUUUUUCUGCUGCAAGGAGCUGGGAUACUCUAUGCUACAUAUAGGUUGGUGGAGAAAUCUGUCUUGUUAGUAUCUAGUGGUGAUUCUUAUGGAAGAUAUUUUACUGCAACGACAUCAGCUCGUGAGUUCUUGGGAUUCUUUCAACAUGGUGCAAGAUUACUUGGUUGGUGGUCUAUCGAUGAAGGAAGCAGAGAGGAACAAGCUAGGCUCUACACUGGAGAAGCUACUGGAUACAACACUUUCUCACCAGAGGUUGUGAAGAAAAUGCCAAAGUCUGAUCUUGUUGAAGAGAUUUGGAGACUACAAGCUGCAUUAAGUGAGCAAACAGAUAUCACCAGUUAUAGCCAGCAGGAGUUUGAGAAGCUUCAAAAUGAGAAGAUUCUUUGUAGAGUUUGCUUUGAAGAUCCCAUCAAUGUGGUUCUACUCCCAUGUAGACAUCACGUCCUCUGCAGUACGUGCUGCGAGAAAUGCAAGAAAUGUCCGAUUUGUCGUGUCCUGAUUGAAGAACGUAUGCCUGUAUACGAUGUGUAG